AUGAAGCCGUCUUGUAUGAGGCUUGGUGAAAGGGGAAUCAAGGCCCUGACAGUGGAGCUUAGGGCACGUGUCCGAGACAUUGGCAGAGAUGUUGUUGGGCACCAGCUCCUUGUGCGACGUACCAAGUCUGGCAAGUUCAGUAUUCACCUCCAUUGAUGAAAAUCUCGUGAUUUAAGUUGAGACACAUAUGUGCUGAACAGUAGUUGUUUUUUGUUUGUUUGUUCUUCAGACAAACUUGUCAAGGCCAUAAAACAUGCUCAGUUCAUAGAGGAGGCACCAAAGCAUAUUGAUGCUGCACUUGAUGAUCUUGCGAAGGAACCACAUAACAUAAGGAAACUCAGACUGUUUUUUGGACUACUUGGUGGGUUUCUCAUUGCAACAACUGGACAUCGGAAGGGAGUAAUCACCAACAUGACCGUGAAAGAGGUCAAGACUGCUGAAAAGACUACAAGAGGUUGUCGUGUCAUUCGUAUUCAGGAGCACAAAACCCAGAGAUACUUUGGGCAAGCAGCCAUACCACUGAAACCAGAGGAGUAUGCCUGGUUCAGGCGUUACAACAGACUUCGUGGUCAAAUUGAGGGAGGCUCAGAGGCAUCCACGUUUUUUCAUACCACUGUUGGAGGGCCCUUGUUGAAACUCCCAGAGUAUUUUAAGGGUGCCUGGGAAGGACUGAAUCUGGGUCCUGGCCCCACAUUCAAUAUGUUACGUUCUUCUGUUGCCACUUUUGCCAAGCGGCAGCUGGGACUUGAAAAAUAUGAGAGGGUAGCAUCAUUCAUGUGCCAUGAUCCCCAAACAGCCAAAAGAUUUUACCAAGCGGAUGACCCGACAGCGUACACAGUUCAGAGCAGAGCAUUGACGAUGAUGGCAGUGUCAAGCUAUGCAGAUAAGGAAAAGAAGAAGAAAGAGAGGAGCAAGAGGGCAGGUGCAGACUAUGACGAGGUGGUGACAGAAUCACCUCAGGAGGACACAAGGAAGGGCAUGCAAGAACCUGAAAAGAAGAACCAUGGAAACAAGCAGCAGAUGGUGAGCUCGUCUGAUGAUGAGGGGUCAGAUGAUUGGCCCCCAAAGAAUGGAACAGAAGAAGAAGAGGAGGAAGAGGAGGAGGAGGAAGAAGAGACCAGUGUGAAGCGAAGGGUUCCCCAGCUGCGAAAGAAAUGGCCUGCACCUACACCCAGGAACAGACUGGCAAGAGUUGUCUUUAGUAGUUUCUGUGCUUAG